UUGUCGUGGAAUAGCAGAGCUGGAAAAUGCAUCUGAAAUAACAGAUUCAUUGUUUCUGUAAACAGCAGAAACAUGGUGGAAGUCAACGAAGAACGACGUCAAGUGCAAUCAAAUGGCGGAUGCAGAUAUCAUCAUUCAUAUGUUAUAUUCACCAUUUUGCUGAUCAUGUCGCUGUGCUACUACGUCGUCAUCUAUGACAACUCAGAAACCUGGAAGGCAACCGUUGGACUAUUGUUUCAAAAGACAUUACACAAUAAGACGUCCAACGAAUCGCUCAAUGCGGUAUCGAGAGGGAUCGCUUCGCCCACUACGGUAUCGAGAGGGAUCGUAUCGCCCACUACGGUAUCGAGAGGGAUUUCUGCUGAACCAUGGAAACCUCCAGAUCCAUAUUAUGUGGCUUACCCAUACAAAUAUAGCUUUGUUAUUAAUGAGCCAGAGAAGUGCCAGAAGGAAAAUACUUUCGUGGUGUUAAUAAUACCAGUAUCUCCAGGAAACGUGGCUGCUCGGGACGCCAUCCGUUCAACGUGGGGUACGGAGAAGGUAGUGGCGGACAAGACAGUAAGUUUCCUAUUUCUGAUAGGUUUGCCAACUUCACAAGACAGCGAAAAGCUCCAAGAGGAUUUGUUGCAGGAAAGCGAGAAGCAUUAUGACCUUUUACAAAGUGAUUUCUGGGAUAGUUACUACAAUCUUACCAUUAAGACAGUGGUAAUGCUAGAAUGGCUUUCUGCUUAUUGCCAGAAUGCGCACUACGCGAUGAAGAUCGACUCGGAUAUAUUUCUCAAUGUGAAAAAAUUAGUGAAUAUGCUUCUGCCGGCACCAAAGCAGAACUAUAUGACUGGACUUGUGGCCAGGAGUGCAAUGGUUUUGAGAGACCCCCAUUCUAAAUGGUAUCUCCCAAAAACGGUUUAUUCCCCGUUUCACUAUCCUCCCUACGCUCUGGGUUUAGGGUAUGUGUUUUCUCUGGACUUGGCAGGGAAACUUAUUGAAGCAGCGCAACUCGUCAAACCGGUUUAUAUAGAGGAUGUGUAUAUAGGCAUGUGCAUGAAUCAUUUAGGAAUCGAUUUGACCGAUCCACCCGAUGGAAGCCUAUUCAACGUCUUCCCAGUGGAGUAUAACCGCUGUCGCUAUUCGAAACUCAUCGCCACAACGACACAAAGCUUGACAAACCAGGUCAACUUUUGGAGGGACUUACAGACACCUGGUCCGUAUUGCUAACAACAAUUUGUGUACUGGUCACAUGACUUACAGGCAAACCAAAAAGUAUUCAGACACCAGAUAUAUUUUUUAUAUAUAUUUUUUUUACUAGUGCGUGCAGGACUCAAUAGUUCAUUUAUGUAAGUGAGGAUAGCAAAAUAAAGCAAACUGUGACAUAUUAUACCCAAAGAUUCCUCAUACCAGUAAAACGUAUACAAUUUUUAUGAUGGAUAUAUUAUCAAGCUCCCAAAUAAUUGGGUAUAAGGUUUUUUCCCC